AUGGAACGGUUCAUCACGCUCAACUUCAUUCUUCAGUUGAUCGGAUCAUCUGCUCUAGCAUACAAGAUCGCUUCGCAUGUUGAAGUAGGGAUACACCAUGAAAACAACAUCGAGUUAUUUAUUCUUACUACACCGUUUACCAUCAUGCAAUGCCUCCUGUUAUUACACCCUCAUCCCAGGCCCCUCGGCCAUACAUUCUACAUCAAAUAUCUAACCCUGCAAAUGUUUCCCGGCACGAUGAUUGUCAUCGCUCGUGACGAUUACUGGUUCUGGGGACCUGGAGGGCUCACCAAUUUGUAUGCGAGGAUCGGUCUUGAGUUUUUGCCGAUGGUGCCUUUCUUUAUAAUGGUGUGGCCGACAUUUUUGGGUCAUAGCCACAAGAAUCUGAAGGUGAAGAUAAUCUCUGCAACACAAAAGGAGAACGAGGAUGUAGCAAUUUCGGUUAAAUCGACGGCCACUGCUUCGAAGGAAAGGGAGGUAUCGGUGUCGAGUAGAGGCACUUUAGGGUUGCAGUUGUGGAGUAUAUGA